CAGAAAAUCACCAAGCUACACAUGCAAACAUGCGAAUUAUAUUCUGGUUUAAUGUUCAGCGGUACAGAUUCUAGGCAUCUCAAUACUUUCUUCUUACUAGCUCUCUUCUUGUUUUUUGGCGAAAUGCAGAAACCUCGAGUCACUGAGAUACAGGUCCGGAUGGACUGCAAUGGAUGCGUACAGAAGAUCAAGAAAGCUCUUCUUGGUAUCAGUGGUGUAUAUGAGCUCUACAUUGACUUCCCUCAGCAAAAGAUAACUAUAAUUGGGUGUGCUGAUCCUGAGAAAAUAGUCAAAGCCAUAAAAAAGACAAGAAAGACUGCCAUCAUUUGUUCCCACACAGAACCACCUGAUCCACAAGCUCAGCCAUCAGACCCAGAUAACCAAGGAGAGGCACCGCCCCAGGAGUCCGCCAACCCUCCUCAACAAGAGUCUGCUACCCCUCCUCCAUCAGAAGGCCCACCAACUGAAGAGGCAUCACCAGCAGAGGCACCAAAAGAUCCACCGCCACCAGCAGAAAGUCCAAAACCAGAUGCUGCAGAGGCUCCAGCGAGCAAGCCAGUUCAAUCCUCAGGACCAAAAGAUGUUGAAGAGGUUCAUGUAAUUUACCACCAUCCACCAGACUUUGGCUAUAGAUACGGGUACAAUCCCAGCAUGAGUAGUCCAAAUAUGGGGCAAGGAUACAUUAGUGGGUACUGGCAUUCUUAUCCCACCGGUCCAGUAUUUAGGCCCGAGCCACCGGCACCGGCACUGGCACCUGCACCUGCACCUGCACCUGCACCCGCACCCCCACCCACUUACGUAACUCAUAGCUACAACACACACAGGGCAUCACCUUACGUCACUGGAUACGAGUAUAUAAGGCCUCCACCACAAUAUACACAUUCUACAAGGCCAGAGAGCUAUCAGCAACCACAGUACAGUGUGCACUAUAGCAGGCCGGCUGAGAGCUAUCCACUGCCACCACAGUACACACAUUAUAGCAGGCCAGAGCGCUACAGGGAGGACUAUCAUUACGGUAACAAUGGAAAUGGAAAUAUUACUUCAGUUUUCAGUGAUGAAAAUCCAAAUGCGUGUAGAAUAGCCUAGAAGGCUACACGCAAAGCAGACUCGUUCUAUGUGAGAGACGUAACUCAUCAAUGGAGCACAAUUAGUCUAGAAAACUACGCACUGCCCAUAAUAAAACUUCUAAGAUGAGCAUGUGUGGGAAUAUUGAAGGAAAUCAGAUUCUUAGCUUGUAAGAGCAGGAAGCAUAUAUCCCAUAUUCCACUUUUGACAGACGUCUAAUACAAAGAACCAGCAUUUAUUCCUGUGAA